GAAAUUAUUUCAGACAAUUUUCUACUUAAAAUUCAAUCAUGACUUCAAAAAACUUUAUAAAUAAAAGUGUAAUUUUACAUUUAACUAUACUAUUGACGCUAAACUCGCUGUUAGUGUUGGCAUCGAAAUGCCCGGUAGUUCUGGAGGGCGAGUGUCAGUGCAAAGAGAUAGUCGAGGAGUCGGUAAGUGGUCUGAGAGUGGAAUGCACUCAAACCACUGCCAAGAAGUUAUUCAAUGACAUCGACUUAUUGAGGAAAUCGGGGAAAACAAUAAUCGGACUCCAAGUGAGGGAUUCAGAUCUCCGAGAGUUGUCUAAUCUUCCGUCCGGUUUAUAUAAUGUGCACGAAUUGAUUCUCGACAAUACAGGCAUCGAUUUAGAGACAAUCCGCGAAAGCAAUGAAUUGUUAAAAUUAUUGAAAAAAUUUCGAGUCUAUCACGAAAAUUUCACCGAAAUUCCCGAAGAUUUCUUCCUCGGUAUGGAUGAGCUCAAGAAUCUGGCGCUGAAUGACAUCGGAAUCGCUUAUAUAAGUAAAGACGCGUUCAGUUAUUUGGAGGAUUCGCUCAAACAGUUGGAGUUAAGGGAAAACAAAUUAAGAAGUUUUCCGAUUGCUAUUAAAGUGUUGUCUCAUUUGGAAAGUUUGGAUUUGUUUGGCAAUGAGAUUAAGACAGUGCCCGACGACCUCACCUUCUAUUUGCAAUCCAGUCUUAAACGGCUCAAGAGAUUGACAUUAAAUUACAUCAACUGCACGUGCGAUUUUGGUCAAACCGAUUUUGCCACUUGGAUCCGCUCGCACGCCAUCAAAGGGGUCACCUGUAAGACACCGAAUCGACUCUUCGGCAAAGAUAUAUCGGUCACACCUAUCGAAGAGUUUUGUGAAUAUGUUUCCAAUACUCAACACAAAUUAUUAUGA